CGGGUGUUCUGCACGGUCAUAGUUAUCUUCCGUACACAGACGGGCGGAACGAUGUGGGCAGAAUCUUGUUGUAACGCAGUUCGGCAUCUGCAAGGAAUAUGACGGAUUCUGCUUCAUAAAGAACACACCUCUACAGGUCCAACAUGCCUCUUGGCGACAUGAGGACACCCCUGCUGUCCAACUCAUUUGACACCCCAGAGGAAUCCCUGCCCUGUGACCUGGGAAACCCCACAGUGGGCAUCCUAGGCUCAGGUGAUUACUCCCGCUCCCUGGCUGUGCGAUUAGUUGCCUGUGGUUAUAGGGUAGUGGUCGGCAGCCGUGACCCAAAGCAUAUAGCCACCGGACAGUUUCCUGAUGGGGUUCAGCUUCUCACACAGCGGGAGGCGAUGGUUGGCACAGAGAAAGUUGUCUUUGCUGCUCUCUACCCUGAACACUACCACACCCUGGUGGGGUUGAGGGAUGUACUGGCUGGGAAGGUGCUGGUGGAUGUGAGCAACGCCACCAAGCUUAACAGUGGAGAGCCGUCUAACGCUGAGAGGCUGGCAGAGCUGUUCCCAGAGAGCAGAGUGGUGAAGGGCUUCAAUGUGGUCUCAGCCUGGGCCCUACAGACUGGAGCUCAUGACGGCAGCAGGCAGGUCCUGAUCAGCAGUGACUGCCCUGAGGCCAAGAGAACUGUGAUCCAGCUGGCUCGCUGUAUGAGUUUCCUGGCAGUGGACAUGGGAGGCCUUGCUAGCUCUAGGCACGUUGAGGACGCCCCCCUGCGCCUCUUCCCAUCCUGGGGCGGCCCCCUAAUGGUCACCUUCCUCCUCAUCCUUUUCUUCUACGGCUACAACUUCCUGCGUGGUGUUCUCAUGCCCUAUCUGUCCCGGGGGCAAAACAACUUCUACCAGCUACCCCUGGAGACGGUGAACAAGACGCUACCAGCAGUGGCCCUGGUGAUCCUGGCGCUGGUCUACCUCCCGGGACUGUGGGCUGCCGCACUGCAGCUGGUCCGGGGAACAAAGUACAGCCACUUCCCCGGCUGGCUGGACCGCUGGAUGGGGAGACGCAAACAGCUAGGCCUGCUGAGCUUCCUAUGUGCCGGGCUGCAUGCAGUCUACAGUAUGUGUCUGACCCUGCGCAAGGCUUCCCAAUACAGGCUGCUGGAUGCAGCGUACAGACAGGUGAAGGCAGGAGUGGAGCAUUCCUGGGAGGAGCCUCAGGUGUGGAGAUCGGACUUUUAUCUGUCCUCUGGCAUUCUGGGACUUGGUGUUCUGACUCUUCUGGCCAUCACAUCUCUACCCUCGGUGGGUAACGCUCUCAGUUGGAGAGAGUUCACUUUUGUACAGUCAGGGUUGGGGUACGCUGCCUUGACUCUCUCCAUCAUGCACACCCUCUUCUUCAGCUGGGACUUUGCUUUCUUCUCAUUUGCUUACCCUUACUACAUGCCCCCCACAUACCUGCUGGCACUGAUCCUGCCCUGUCUGGUCCUGGUGGGUCGGCUCUUCCUGGCACUGCCCUGCCUAGCGUUCAGAUUGGCAAAGAUACGUCGAGGCUGGGAGAGUCCAUGCCACCACCCUCCUCAGACCCAAGAGGACACAGCCAAUGGCGUGCUGCCCAGGGACUUAAGUGGUGAUGUGUGACGGUCCAAUCAAGUAGAGACUCAGUGCAAAUCCAUUUUCUAGCUCUGAUGAAAGGGAUGAUUUGUUGUACAUAUUUUGUCUGACACACACUAUGGCACUUUUUAAUGCAACUUCAUUUUUAAAUCCAAAUAAGAAACAAACUCAAGAAAAGUGUUACUAUUUUUCUAGAAACUGAAAUACUGAAAGGUUACCUCACAAGUCCAAUAUACAACUACCUUCUGUUAUGAUAAAAUGCUUUGUUUAACUGGGUUAAGAAACAUGAACAGAAAUAUGUAUCACUUUCACUGAGUAUCAUAGCAAGACAUUUCAUAUUUGACUAGACCUCCAAGCUUCUCUUGGGUAAAGUGAAGAAGGAUGUGACUACUUUCUGGUCAAUUUCAGCAUGUUCUAAUCUCCAAACCCACUAUUCGACAAGAUUUACCAACCAGAAGUGCCUGUAUUGAGCCUCAACUGAGAAGCUGCACUUGACCCUGAAAUAGGAAAAAAAAAUUAGACAGAAGUCUGUAUAAGGAUUAGUGUUAGAGACCUAGUUAAUACGGUCCGUCUUUGUUGUUCAGCUGUGUGUUACUGCGCUGUCGCUUCCAGACAGACAAUCUGUGUGCAGUGUUGUGGAAUAUCUUGAGUCAAAUAUUUCCAGAUACCGGAACUUGUGAAUUCAAUUUAGACUUUAUUACAAAUGCAACAGAGCCGAGCCUUUCCAUGGAAAAUACUAAAUUCUCUAAUCACAGAGUUCUGACUUUAUAUUUUUUCCCGUCUUUACAUUGCACAUAUAGUCACUCCUUGUAUGUACAUGAACAACUCCUAUUUGCCUUAUAGUUCUCCCAUCUUUGCAUUACGUAUAGAAUCCACUCCCUCUAUAUGAAAAUAACUCCUCUUGACAUUUCUCCACCAUUAUCUUUCCAUCUCAGUUCUUGCUUGUUAAUGCCCACAUCUGACAGCUGAAUAGGUUAUAAUGGUAGCAGGCCCUGGAAAUACUUCACUGUACUUAUGCAAUAAAGCUUUUUAGAUGAA